AUUAAUGUUCAUGUCAAGGGAAAUGAAAAUGUCGAAUGUGAGCAUCUAUGUCAUUUUAUUGCUAGGACUGCUUUUAUCAGGAAAAAUUAGGCUCUCGUUAUGUGAUCUUACCCAAUGCUCAAAGCCGGAACCAAAUGAUGAGUGUUGGAAGCUUAUACUAGAAAAUAAUGGAGGUGUUCCACCUUUUCCUGAUUGCUGCCCUGAGGUUAGAGACUUGGGAUUUGAAUGCCUUUGGUUUUGGGUGGAUCACGAAAAUGCUAGCAUGGAAUAUAAAGAAUUUGAUGACGAACUAAUCUACUUCAACACUAAUGAGACGUGGUACUUUUGUCAAGAAAAGCCAAGCCUCAGAAACGUAUAAAUCCGGCCUGUAAUGAGCUCAUUUUGUUAAUUUACUUUCAACUUCCGUUUAUGUAAUUAAAUAUCCGAGGAAUUUACCAAAAAACGGAACUUUUUUGUC